AUGAGAAAAGCUGAUGUCUACAGUGUUGGCGUGCUCUUAUGGGAGUUAUCAAGUGGUCGUCCUCCUUUUUAUGUAAAAGGUAAACGAUACGACAUUGAUUUAGAUAUAGAAAUUUCACAAGGACUCAGAGUAAGUGUCAUUCCUGGUACGCCUGAAGAUUAUGUAAAUAUUUAUACAG